AUGACAGAGCACUUCCCCAAUGCUUUCAGAGAAACAGAACCAGUUUGGGUCCACCAGCUGCCCAAUUCCAAAUAUCCUCGGUUUCCAUCGCUAGACCACGACAUAGAGACAGACGUCUGUAUAAUUGGCUCUGGCAUAGCCGGCAUUUCGGCGGCGUAUGAGCUCAUCACGGGAGGCAAAAGAGUCACCCUUCUCGAAGCCCAGCACGUUCUCUUUGGUGAAUCUGGUCGAACGAGCGGUCACCUCUCCAACGCGUUAGACGACGGGUACAUUGAGAUCGAGAAGCGACACAAGCCCAACGGCGCAAAACUAGCAGCAGAGAGCCACACAUGGGCUAUAGAUCGCGUCGCCCACAUAAUACGUACGCUGGAUCUAGACUGUGAAUUCCGCUAUGUGCCUGCUUAUAGAGUGUCAAAGUUUCUGCCUGGUGACUUGAAGCAUGAAGCUGAUAAUAAGAAAAUCAGCAAGGGGGCAGAUUAUGCAAGAGACGCAGGGGUUGACGCGGUAUUUCAAAAGGGUUUCAGCGUGUCCGGGUGGGAUGGGGAUUUCAGUCAGGAGGACGCAGCGGUUUUCGCAGCUCAAGGAGCCUUUCACCCAACAAAAUACUUGCUUGGUGUGCUUGAGUGGUUGAAAGCACAUCCAAAUUUCCAGUGUUUUGCAGACACACGGGCGACGGGUGUUGAUGAAGGAAGAAAUAAAGUCAUAGUCUGGACAGAGCAGGGAUAUAACAUUACCGCGAAGGAUGUGGUUGAGGCAACUUGCAUCCCGUUGCAAGAUUCGAGUAUUUUGGCAGAGAUUUCAUACUGCAGAACAUACUGCAUUGCAAUUCGUGUGCCCAAGGGUUCUGUUGAGGACUGUCUGAUCUAUGACACUGAUGAUCCCCACAAGUAUGUUUGUUUAACUGCUUGUGAUAACAAGAAUGACUAUCUUAUUGUUGGUGGAUGCGAUCACAAAGUUGGACAUCAAGAUUCUCUCGAUCGGUUCGAGAUUUUGGCGACUUGGGCCUGUCAAAGAUUUACGCACGCGGGAACCGUGGAUUACCACUGGAGCGGGCAGAUUCUGGAACCAGUCGACCACAUGGCGUUUAUAGGCAAGAAGGAGUGGAAAAUGCAUACCUACGUGAUCACAGGAGACAGUGGCAACGGGCUCACGCAUGGUAUUCUAGCAGGCCGAUUGGUCGCGGAUGGAAUCGAGGGACGGGAGAACAGUUGGGCGGCGUUGUACGAUCCCAGCCGGAUGACGAGUGCAGCAUGA